GGUCUGGAGGUCUGGAGCCCGGAGGUCUGGAGGUCUGGAGCCCGGGGGUCUGGAGGUCUGGAGCCCGGGGGUCUGGAGGUGUGGAGCCCGGAGGUCUGGAGGUCUGGAGGUGUGGAGCCCGGGGCCUGUGGAGGAUCUGUGCCGGGCUCUGAAGCCGUCUGACGGGAUAUUUCCGUUAUUGUGUGGGUUAUCAGGAUGUUCUGUGAGAAAGCCGUGGAGUUGAUCAGAGAGCUGCAGCGGAGCGGCGACGGACAGCUGACAGCAUUUAAUGAGGAUGGACUGCGGCAGGUUCUGCAGGAGAUGGAGGCUCUCUAUGAACAGAACCAGACUGAUGUGAACGAGGCGAAGACCGCCGGUCGAUCUGAUCUGAUCCCGUCAAUCAAACUACGACACACCUGCCUGUUGAGGAACCAACGCUGUGUCACCGCCUACCUGUACGACCGGCUGCUGAGGAUCCGGGCGCUGCGCUGGGAGUACGGCAGCGUUCUGCCCGCCAACGUCCGCUUCCACCUGUGUGCCGACGAGCUGCAGUGGUUCAGUCAGUAUAAAAGGUCUCUGGCGUCCUUCAUGAAGUCUCUGGGGGACGGAGACGGACUAGACCUGACGCAGGACAUGAAGCCCCCCAAGACCCUCUACAUACAGGUGAGGUGUUUAAAGGAUCACGGAGAGUUUGAGAUCGAUGAUGGAACCAUAAUCCUGCUGAAGAAGAACAGUCAGCACUUCCUGCCGCGGUGGAAAUGCGAGCAGCUGAUUCGUCAGGGCGUCCUGGAGCACGUCGUGUCCUGAUCAGCUGAUCAAUUAUUAACCACGUCCCCUGAACACAACACUCUGAUUUCAAAAUAAAAGACUUCUGUUGGUAAA